AUGACAACCAUGUCUCCUCCAAUCUCCCCGCAACCCUCCGAGACCCGCCCGAGGGCUGGGACAGCCAUGAGCUUUUCUUCCCAGCGUUCCCGUCGCAGUAACUCUUCAACCGGCAAGAUUGACUUGACCGAGACUUCGCGGGACAAGAAGAGGUUGAAUACGAAGGCUGAUCCCUCAAGAGCCAUAACUGAGGCUACUCCAGUGGAACAAGCACAGGAAGCAUCGACAGUCGACGAUUUGCGGACGAUGUUGCACAAGGACAGCGAGGGCAAUGUCAUCACUGACCCUGACCGUUCCAACCCUACCCGUCACCGCCUGGAGCGCCCUCUUGACACCAUUCGUGCAUUCAAUGCUGCUGCGGAGGGAACCACCUCGCGUCGUGCGUCCAUGAAUAGCAGGCCAGGUUCCCAGGUUGGCUGGAAUGGCGACAUGAGCCGCAGAACAAGCUACUACUCAAACAAUGGCUAUUCUCCACAACGUCCACGAAUGUCACCCGGUGGUGGUUACUAUCGCAAUUCGUCAUACGGGUUUGGUCCACAGAGUGCCGUGGAAGAAUCUCCAGGAUCGUCUCAAAUGUUUGCCAGACCACCUAUGCGUCAACAAACCUACCCGUACCCUGGCGCUCCGAAUGGGUACCCGAAUGGUCAUCAAAAUGGAUACCAGAACGGAGAGAGUCCCAUGUCUUUCCACUCGUACCACCAGUCCUACGAGACCAUGACCUCCGGCUCAGAAGAGUAUGGCAAAUCCACCAACCCCAGCUCCCAGAACAGCUCCUUUGAUCAGCUUCAUCAACUCCGCAUCAAGCCCGAAGACUUCUCUCCAGAGAACCCAUACGCAACCGAGAUCAAAUUCAACCAGGCUCCUCCUCCAAAGCCACUCACAUCGUAUGUUAUGAGUGAUGGCCCUUACGGUCAAGAUGCCUCUUCUCCGGCAGGCCCAACCAAUGGAUUUACUCCUCCGGCUGCAAACAAUCCCCAACGACCAAUCCCGCUUAACUCCUCUCCGACAGAGAUGACGUCCCCGACCAACACUACCUCCCCGAAAAAGCAAAGCUGGAUCAAACGGAGGUUCAGCAGACGAGAUAAUUGA